CAACCUACCCCCACCCCCACCCCCACACCAAAACCAACCAUACCCCACAAAAUUUCAGCUCAAAGGGUAUCCAAAUCAUAUCUCAGAUUCCAAAAUUACUACAAAAUCAAGAAUGACAAAUUCUAGUGGUGCUCCGGCGACUGGUGGUGCCACGGCGGCGCCACCGUCAAACGGCGGCGUUGAGAUCUCUCAGCCGAUUAAAAGAUACUUACCAUUUGCUUCUAUGAGACCCCCCUUUGUUAGUUCUGAAGAUUAUCAUAGAUUUAGUACACAUGGUGUUGUUGAUUCAAGAAUUGGACAGCCUGAAGCUAUUGUUGUUAAGUCUCCUGCACUAAAGCGGAAGACUGGCUAUAUCAAAGAAGUUGAGUCCAGUAACUGGACUGCUAAUUCCGGGUACGGUGAUGUGGCCAAUAGUCCACUUGGAACGCCUGUGUCCGGUAAAGGAGUAAGAGCACAUGGACGGUCAAGAGCCACAAAAAGUAAUAAAGCUGGACCUCAAACUCCUAUCUCUAAUGCUGGUUCUCCUUCUCUUACACCUGCAAGCUGCCGCUACGAUAGUUCAUUGGGUCUUUUAACGAAGAAAUUUAUCAACUUGAUCAAGCAUGCUGAAGAUGGUAUGCUUGAUCUUAACCAAGCUGCAGACACUUUGGAGGUGCAGAAAAGAAGGAUCUAUGAUAUAACAAAUGUGCUUGAAGGAAUUGGUCUUAUCGAAAAGAAGCUCAAGAACAGAAUACAAUGGAAGGGUGUUGAUGCUUCUAGACCUGGAGAAGUGGAUGACGAUGCCACUAUUUUAAAGGCCGAAAUUGACAGCCUUUUAAUGGAGGAGCGAAGACUGGAUGAGCGGGUUAGAGAAAUGCAAGAAAAUUUAAGGGAUAUGAGUGAAGACGAGAGCAACCAAAGGUGGCUUUUUGUAACUGAAGACGAUAUAAAGAGCCUACCUUGCUUUCAGAAUGAGACCCUAAUAGCAGUUAAAGCUCCUCAUGGCACCACCCUGGAAGUCCCAGAUCCUGAUGAGGCUGUGGACUAUCCACAGAGGAGAUACAGAAUUAUACUCAGAAGCACAAUGGGCCCCAUUGAUGUCUACCUUGUCAGUCAAUUUGAGGAGAAGUUUGACGAGAUGAAUGGUGUUGAACCGUCAGCGGCCAUCCCAGUUGCUUCAAGUUCAUGCUCUAUGGAUUAUCCAGGCAUGGAGAGAUCUACUGUUUCAAACAGUGUUACUGAGAAUGAAGGACAAACACAAAAUGUUGAUGAGUUGAGUUCUGAUCUUGGUACUUCACAGGAUUACGGUGGUGGAAUGAUGAAGAUUCUUCCUUCAGAUGUUGAUAAUGACGCAGAUUACUGGCUUCUAUCAGAUGCAAAUGUUAGCAUUACAGAUAUGUGGAAGACAGAUUCUGCAGUUGAAUGGGAUGGGGAAGCCUUGCUUCGUGAUUUUGCAAUAGAUGAUCUAGGUACCCCACGGGCGCACGCUCCUUCUACUACUAUUGCUGACAUACCAGCUCCUAUGAACGUGCCACCAAGAUAAUGUAGGCUCAAGUGAAUAAACUGAACUUGGAAAUUCCAGCCUAUUUAGUCGGAAACAAGAGAUCAUUGUCUCCUUUUUUGCUGUUUUGCUCCUUAGAUCCCUAAGGGCUCUGGACGGUGUACUGAGACUUUGUACAGUUGCGGAAUCUGCUUGACCCCUUUUACGCGGUUUAUCCUUGUAACCAAACAGAGAAUUGCAGACGGCAACAGAUGGGAGUUAAAAGAAUGGAAAGGAAAUGCUGCUUAUUUAUAAAAUUCUUGUUCUUAACACCCUCCCUAUAUCCCAUUUUCCUUGGUUUCUUUAAACUUUUAGCCUAUUUGGGAGGCUAAACAGGUGCAUCAGAUUAUAUUUUUGUGGCAUUUUUUGAACACUUUUCAAUUUUGGCUUAAAAUAACACAAUAUUGAAGUGUUCUUUGGAUGCUCAACUCUAGGUUCUCCAGGUACAGUUUA